AUGAAAUGCAUCAAACAAGCCGUCCCCGUGAAUCGUGAUUAUCAGCCCAGUGAAUUCAGUGAUUAUUAUAGACUAAAGACAAAGGUGACAGUGUCGUGUGACCACAUCAGCGCAUCUCAGCCCAUCUACUUAGCUCAGCUACCUCAACCACCAGUUUACGCUGUAAGUGCGAUCCCUGCCGUCGAAUUUGGCAAGAAAGAGCCUCAGUUUGUGGAUAUCCAAGGUCACGAUGAGCAGGUCCACAGGAUCGACCUGCAAGCGGAACCCGACAUGAGCGUUCUCGAUGACGUCACUAGGAAUCCAGCUAACAACAGAUACUUGUUGUACACCAGACGCAACUCCUGGUACUCCCAGGAGCUGACGAUGAACAACGCCAACUCCAUCACGAGCUCCAACUUCAACGCCAACAACCCCACCGUGAUAGUCUCCCAUGGCUGGCUGGGCAGCAUGUACAACGACAUCAACCCCACCAUCAGGAAUGCAUACCUGGGUAAGAGCGACGUGAACGUGAUCGUCCUGGACUGGAGACGUCUGGCGUUGUCCGACUACGUCACCGCCGCCGCCGGCGUCCCCGCCGUGGGCAGAGGCCUGGGACAGUUCCUUAACUUCCUCAACCAGGUAACAGGAGCCCCCUUCACCAGGAUGCACCUAGUUGGCUUCAGUCUGGGCGCCCAUUUGGUCGGUAACGCGGGCAGGGAGCUCGGCGGACGAGUUGCUAGGAUCACUGGUCUCGACCCGGCCGGGCCUCUAUGGACCUACAGCACCAACCGUCUCCGUGCCUCCGACGCCGUCUAUGUCGAGUGCAUCCACACCGACGGCAGCGCCAUCGGUCUCGGCAUCGGGACGGCUCUUGGAGACGUCGACUUCUUCCCCAACGGCGGCAACUCGCAACCCGGUUGCUUAACCAACCUGUGCAACCACGAGCGCGCCUGGGAGCUGUUCGCCGCGACGGUUUCGUACAACCACCUCGUGGGGCAGCAGUGCUCCAACAACCUGCAGAUCACUUGGGACAACUGCCGAGGAUCUUCGCUGCCGAUGGGCAACGAUGACUUGAAUAAGAGAGGAUCCGGUAUGUACAGAGUCAACACCGCUAGAAGAUAUCCAUUUUAAACUGUAAUUCUGAGAACUGGACUGUAAA